UUCCACACCUAAAUCAUCGCUUUAAUGGCCGGCGCGGCUGAAAAUCUGUUCAAUUCGCGUGCCAAACAGUGAUUGACCGAACGCGAAGGAAAGAAAUGCUAUCGAUUGCGUAUGACCUUUACGGCGGUGGAGUAGUGCGUACGGGAUAAAACAGUUUCGCUGCUUGUUUCACCCUCUGUGCUAAAGUUAUCAGACAGCAGGCGGCGACGACGACGAAGACGACGCUUUCGUGUAAGAGAAGGAUGAACGUGACAAAUCGAAACGAUCGAAACGUGUUGAGUUUGUGCGACAACAACCCAGUGCCAGGGAGAGAACCCCUGCCGGGAAUCCGGUACCUCCGAGGUACAUCAUCCAACGUAAUUUAAAUCGAAACCCACUACUCCCGUGUUCCCUCUGUGUAGAAACACUUGCCAGAGCGCACUGCGUUUUACCCCGUGGGAGGGUUAACCGUUCCGAAACAGCUGCGGGCGGCUAAGGAUACGUUGGGCGUUAAAGGAAAAGGUCACGCGUCCGCAACCGAGCUGGAACACGAUGAUGGAAGCGUCGGAAAAUGGGAGCAGUACCGGGGGCGGUGGUGGUGGUGGUGGUAUUAACGGAGGCGGACACACCUCGUCCUACGAGCCGCUGGAAGGGCGUCGUACCUUCGACACCUCCGACAGUCCCGAACUGGACGGUGGAGGACCUCCCAAAGAUAGGCGGCGGCUUGUGUUUUUCGCCCUCAUGACGGCCGGUGUCGGUUUCGUGCUUCCCUAUAACAGCUUCAUAAUUGCCGCCGACUAUUGGCAGUCUCGGUUUCCCGGCCAAUCGGUUGCACUAGACAUGUCGAUGACUUACAUCAUCGUCGCACUGGCGACGGUACUGCUGAACAACGUGUUUCUCACGCUCGCUCCCUUCCGGGUACGGGUAGCAUUCGGCUACGCCGUUUCCUUCACAACGCUCGUGUUUGUGGCGCUGUGCGAAGUUGCGUGGCACAUGUUCACCGCCAAAACGGCGUAUUCCGUCAAUCUGGCCGCCGUUUCGCUUGUUGCUAUGGGCUGUACGAUCCAACAGUCAAGCUUCUACGGGUUUGCGAGUAUGCUACCGAAACAGUACACGCAAGCAGUGAUGGCGGGCGAAAGUUUGGCUGGGUUCUUGGUUUCUUCCAACCGUGUCGUCACGAAGUUGCUGAUCAAGAGUGACCGUGCCUCGACAGCAAUCUUCUUUCUGACGUCGACCGUGUACAUUGCGUUCAGCUAUGUGCUGCACUCGAUCACGACACACUCACCGUUCGUGCGGUACUACAUGAAGGCUUGUGCCAAAAUCGUCCUGCGUCCAGACGAUGAUCACACUCUGAGUGAAACCCUUGAUGGAGACAUAUCGAGCACGCGGUACGGCGUGCUCACACUAGACUCAAGUCCACCCGUACAUAUGCCACCUGGGUCAACAGCUUUAAGCUUUAGCAAUCCGGUGUAUGACCUAUCGAAUCCUACGGCCGGUGAGACGGUUCUUGAAACGAACAUGACAAACCUAACGUCGUCGGGUGAUGUUACCACUCGUUCGAUCACGGCGACGACCGCACCGAAUUCAGACGUUCCGAACGUAGCGUUCAAGGUGGAACAUGUGAUGACCCCAGACAUCUGCAGCUCCGGCCGUUUGGGUAGCUUUCGUAGCGGGCUCGAAUCUCGAUGGAAAGUGGCACGAGCCAUCUACCCGUACAUGGCCUGCAUCGCUAUGGCGUACUGUGUGACACUGUCACUCUAUCCUGGCAUCGAAUCGGAAAUCAUUUCGUGCAACCUCGGCACCUGGAUGCCGGUACUGCUGAUGUUCACCUUUAACGCUUCCGAUGUGGCCGGCAAGUUGCUAGCAGCCGUACCGUACAGUUGGUCACGCCGUCAGCUUAUUCUAAUGUCCGGCUUGCGGGCACUUCUUGUCCCGCUGAUUCUGCUUUGCUGUUCACCUCGCGAACAGCCUGUCAUCGCUGGCGAGGCGGCUGCAUUUAUAUUCACGGCAGCACUAGGAAUAACUAACGGACUGGCUGGCAGUUUGCCGAUGAUGCUCGCACCGGACAAGGUCUCCGCAACGUUGCGUGAAGUCUCCGGAAACAUGAUGACGCUGUCGUACAAUAUUGGUCUAACGGCCGGUUCUCUCGUGGGGUACGUGUUCGAUGCUAUGCUAGGACCGCAACUUCCUAACCCCUGUCCGCAGUAUCCGUUUGUACCACCGAAGCCAAAUCAACCACCGACGGGUAUCGGUAUCAACGGAAGCCAUCCAGUGGCUGGCAGUGGAGGCAUUAGUAGCAGCAGUACUAGCACUACCGUUGCAACCCUACUCACAACACUAACUGUGGCAGUUCUCCGCAGUACGGCAAGCAGUCCAAUGGAGACGAGUACCAUAUCAUCCGUUCCAUCUACCGUUUCCACUACUACAACUGCGGCCAGCUUAUCGACGCUCCGGAGCGGAGUGGAUGUGGUCGGUUCCACAACAUCUUCCCCAAGUACGUCCCCAACGACCCAAACGUUUGAUAGUGCGCAACUUGCGACGGUAGCGGCGACCUUCCUCUAUAACGCUACCAGCUCUCUAUUCGAUCCAAGCUCAUCCCUAGACUAGACGACGUAAA